AUUUUAAUCUCAUUGAAUCAAUUCUCGAAACUAGGAAGUUUAUUAAGUAGAAAACAAAAGGCAUUUUGCAAUUAUUAAUCGGAAUAAUGUGUGAAUAUGAUUUUUUGGUCAUUGAGACAUCUUAUUAUAUAUGUCCCUCCUGAUCCGAUUCUUAAAUUCCGGUCUCAUCCUCCUUUGGCUGCGUGCACAGCACUGCCCAGACGAUAAGGGGGAAAGGGACCAUUUUCAUUCAGUUUCUCUUUCCUGCAACCAAUCCGUGCCAUCCAAUUUACACGACAAAGCUUCCAUAGUAUCUCUUCCUGAUUCUUUUCAUUUAUGGAAAAAAAACUAUAUAGGGAUUAUUAAGCAGCCAUUCCAGAUAUCCCAGUCCUUGUUGACCUUUGAGCUUCUUUGUUUCAUUAUAGUAAUUCACUUAACUUGCUCAGAGCAGUAGGCCGCUUUCAAAUUCUUCUGCAAUCAUUCGCUGCGAAAAGGGAAUUUUUUCGGGGGAAAGCCAGUUUUCUGCUGUGUGCCACGGUCAAUGGAGAUCGAUAAAGCAAUUAGAGAGUGCGACGAUCGAAGGCUUCAGACCAAGUACAACAACGCUACCUAUAUUAUACAGAGAGCAUUAGCUUUGUAUUCUAUCGAGGAGGUUGCUUUCAGCUUCAACGGCGGAAAAGACUCAACAGUUUUGCUCCACCUGCUCAGGGCUGGUUAUUUCUUGCAUAAAAGGGGGCAAAAUGGUGCCAAUGGUGAUCUAAGGGACUUUCCAAUUCGAACAAUAUAUUUUGAGAGUCCUUGUGCUUUCCCAGAAAUCAACUCAUUUACCUAUGAUACAGCUGCCACGUAUGGUCUGCAGCUUGACAUCAUUCGCUUAGAUUUUAAGUCUGGUUUGGAGGCUUUGCUGAAGGAUAAGCCAAUUAAAGCUAUUUUCCUUGGAGUUCGUAUUGGUGAUCCAACUGCGGUUGGCCAAGAACAAUUCUCCCCUAGUUCACCUGGUUGGCCAGCUUUUAUGAGAGUGAACCCCAUUUUAGAUUGGUCAUACAGAGAUGUCUGGGCCUUCCUCUUAAAUUGCAAGGUGAAGUAUUGCAGUCUUUAUGAUCAAGGUUAUACUUCAAUUGGGAGCAUUUAUGAUACAGUUCCCAAUGCAUUAUUAUCCAUUAGCAACUCCUCAAACAAAUAUAAGCCUGCGUACUUGCUUGCUGAUGGAAGAUUAGAGAGGGCAGGUAGGGUUAGAAAGAUAUCUUCUACUAGUGGAAAUUAUCCUACUGACAGCAAUGGCUUGAUCAGCUUGGAUUUGCACAAAAGCAGUAUGCUCACAGCAUCAGUUAUUGCUGUGGGAGAUGAGAUUCUGUUUGGCACUAUCGAGGAUCAGUUGGGACCCUCCCUGCUGAGGAAGUUGCAUUCUAUCGGUUGGUCUGUUUCAGAGCUUUCUGUUGUUCACAACAAUAUAGAUUCUGUGGCUGAAGAAGUUGAGCGACGGAAAUCUACUAAUGAUUUGGUCUUUAUAUAUGGAGGUGUAGGUCCACUGCAUUCGGAUGUCACAUUAGCUGGAGUUGCAAAGGCCUUUAGUGUUCGUUUGGCUCCUGAUGAAGAAUUUGAAGAAUAUCUUGGGAAUAUUAUUGGUUAUCAAUGUACCGGUGACCGAAAUGAGAUGGCUCAACUGCCUGAAGGCAUCACAGAAUUAUUGCACCAUGACAAGUUGCCUGUGCCCUUGAUCAAGUGUCAAAAUGUGAUAGUUCUUAAUGCAACGAAUGAUUCGGAGCUGGAAAAGCAGUGGGAUUGUUUGAUUGAGUUGGCAAAAUCUAUUGACCUGUUACCAUUGCUGGAACCAUAUGUAUCAAAGCACGUUACAACAAAUCUUUCGGAUGUGGAAAUUGCACAACCUCUAUCGAAGCUUGGUCUUGAAUUUCCAGAUAUUUUUAUCGGCUGUUAUCGCAAAUCCAGAAAUGGAUCUCUGAUAAUAAGUUUCAAAGGAAAGGACCAAGCACGCGUUGAGGCGGCCGUAAAUGCAUUAUGCAAAAAGUUUCGUCCGGGUGCUUUCAUGGAGACAGACUAGGUUGAUAUCCCACUGUCUUUGAUGAACCAAAUGAUAAUGAUUUUGGGCGUUGGAUCAUUUCGUGAUCAUGUUGAUCCAGAUAUAAAUUAUGCUUGCUUCGUUGAACGAAGGACUUGGAAGAAAAUCAAGGCUGCUUGUCUUGGGAGAAGAGAAGGGAAAACCGGAACAAAAGAUUACAGGAGCUUCAAUUCUUUUUGCAACAGUGAAUGUACUUCAGAGCAUUAUUUAUUCCUCAGGGUACUCCAACCUAGUUAAUGAAUAAGAUUAGCUAAAUUAAUAACUGCAUUUACAGUUUCUUUUCCAGGAAAAAAAUGAAAAUCCAAGCUUUUAAUUAUUACGCCAUUAGCUUUGGCUGCUGAUUGGCAUUUUAUUUAAUUUUUAUUAUAAUCUACCUUAUGUAACGCAGCAAGCUCGUUUAGUGUGAAUGACAUUCAACAACCUAUGCUCUGCUUGAGAUCUUCUGUUUA